UUCUCGCUUUCUCUCUCUCCCCUGAUCUCCCCUUCCUUCACUUUCACAUGAAUCGAUUUCUUUGCAGAUCCCACAAAGUUUCUAUCACUGGAGCAAAAACACAUCGAUUUCGUCUUCAGAGUGCUUCUCUGAAACAUUUCCCUUGGAAUGGAAAACCCAGAAACCCUAGCGGACGGCGGGGUUGCGUCGGAAUCAGCUAAAGCUCAAACCAUGGUAGAAGAGACCAUCAAAGUUGAAUCUGGGGUGGACGGCGGGGUUGCGUCGGAAUCAGCUAAAGCUCAAACCUUGGAAGAAGAGACCAUCAAAGUUGAAUCUAGGGUUACCAAUGAGACCUUGACCGGACAUUUGCCAUCGGAUGUUCGAGGUGACGGAAUUCAAGAAAAUGGUAUUAGGGUUUCCAUAAACAAUAUGGAAGGUAUUGGCGGUGACGCAACGACUCGGAUGGAAGGGGUGACAUCUGUGCUUGACAAGGAGACAGAUGGAACCGGGAUUGGUUAUGCGGUCCUGGAUGAUGGAAGCCGGGUGGCAGCAGUGGAGUUGCAAGAGAAUGGUAAAGAGUUUGGUUUUCCUGACGAGAAUGACAAGAAGAUUGUGGAGGGAAAUGUUAGUGUUACUGUUGUAGAGUCUGGUUCGGCAAUGAAUGAAAACAAGGAGAGUAGUGUUCCCCAGAUAUUGCCGGAAAUCGUGUUAAAUGGGGAUGUCUCUAUUGAGUUGAACGGUGGUGACUCUACUACGAAGAUUGAAGUAUCAGGGGACGGUGUACCGCUUGUCGUAGAGAUUCAUGGUUCCUGUGAGGCGUAUGAGAAGAGCUGCGGGGUUAAUAACACCGUGCUUAAGCCCGAAGGAGGUUUAUUAGCUGAAAAUGGGGAAAAUCCAGAUGAUAAAUUCUCAGGAAAGUAUGUGCCCAUGGUGGAGACCGAGAAGAUUAACGGUGUGGAAGACAAGGAAGAGAAAGAAGUAGAUGGUGGAGAAGAGCAGGAGGAAGUAUAUGAUCAAGAACAUGAGUUCUCAGUUGGUGAUUUUGUGUGGGGCAAAAUUAAAAGUCACCCAUGGUGGCCUGGGCAGAUCUAUGAUCCUUCUGAUGCAUCUAAGUAUGCUGCAAAGUGCCGUCGAAGGGACCGUCUCUUGGUAGCAUACUUUGGCGAUGGCACUUUCGCUUGGUGUCAUCCGUCUCAGUUAAAGCCUUUUAAGGAGAACUUUGAACUUAUGUGGAACCAAAGCAAUUCUAAGAGCUUCGUUAAUGCUGUUCAGGUGGCUGUGGAUGAGAUUGGCAGGCGUGUAGAGUUGGAGAUGACUUGUGCUUGUGUACCAGAAGAAAUCCGAAACAGAUUUGCUAGACCAUUGGCUGUGAAUGCUGGAAUCAAGGAAGGAGUAUCUGUGCCAGAUGGUGGGAUUGGUGAACUCACAAUCACUCGGUAUGAACCUGCUAAAUUUCUUGCCCAACUAAGCGAUGUUGCAGAGGUUGUUUCAGUGAACAGUAUACUGGAGCAUAAAGUGUUAUGCAGUUGUUUAUCAGCCUUCUAUCGUGCCAAAGGUUACCGGCAAUUGCCCAUGUACUAUGAAGCCGAUGGAAUCGCCUCUACUGAAGACUCUGCUGUAAAUGAAGAAAUGUGUAAGAGCAUUUUAGAUGGUCAGGAGGGGGAAUUGAACCUACAUCCAGCUGAAGUGGAGUGGCUUUCUUCACCGGUAGACCCUGAGAUUGGCAAAUAUUGCAAAAUUUCAUCCCAGAGGUGGCCAGGGAGUUCGGAUGACAAGUUAUAUCAGAGAAAGAAGCAGAAAAGCAUGGCUGAACUUUUGGCAGGGGAUGUCGAUGUUGAUCAUCGGAGGAGUGAGAGUGAUACUGCCGGUGAAGUUAUCUCAGGUAAACCAGCAUCUACUUCAAAGAAAAGGAAGAAGAAGGACUAUGAAGAUGGCAUUAAUGUAGCAAAAGAUUCAGGUGGCAAUAAUAAGGGUCUGCAAACUAAGAAGCUGAAGAAAAGGAAGCUUUCAGUAUCUAUUCCAACUGCAGAGGAGAAAUUCUCCGACAUUGACAACGAUGAGGGAGCAGAUGAAGCAUCUUUGAUGAGCUCCUCCCCAAGGGUGAGGAAGAAGAGCAAAUACUUGUCACCUCCCUACACAGACCUAAGCAGGGGGAAGAGCUUGAAUUCGCCAAACGUUUCUCAAACAGUGUCUCCGAAGGCUUACAAAGUUUCCUCUAUAGUGGAAUGCAUCCGUAGAGAUGCAGAUCAGCUUACUGGGACCCCUCCAGUCAUAAGGUGUAGCGGUCAGACUUUUCAGAAGAAACCCUCUAAGCAUAGCGGUCAGACUCUUCAGAAGAAACCCUCUGAGGAGAGUGGUGCUCAGCGCAAGACAUAUGGUAACUUAAGCCCUCGAACACUGAAUAGUGGCAAUUACAAGAAUAGUUUCAUGGAAGGCAAUGCUUUUAUGGAUGAAAUGUUCUCUGACUUUCUUACUAUAGCUUUGGAUCCUUUUUAUCUAACGGGGAUGCAACGCUUUGAUACAUUCAAGAGUUUCUUUUCCAGAUUUAGGAGCUCUGUGUAUCAUAAUAAAUCCAAAUUUAAGACGGACAAUGAACAGUUAGCUGUUCGAGGCAGUAGAAAAAGGAAGUCCUUAGAGAGUAAUCCGGGUUCAUCUGGGCAAGAUUCCCAUGCAACUGAUCGUCCAUCUUCUGAACCUAAGUCUAAAAGAAAGAGUGGAGAAAUGGAGAAAGCAUUUCCACAGAAUCCCCGAAAUGAAUUGCCACAAGUUGAUGGCACAUCAGGUUUGCAGACGGACCAUAGCAGAGAGGAAACCAAAGAUGAAUCUUCUGCCGCAUCAGCUCUUCUCUUGAUAUUUGCACCAGGAAUCUCUUUGCCUUUGAAAGAUGAUCUGAUCACAAUAUUUGGAAGGUUUGGUGCUUUGAAUGAAAAGGAAACUGAUGUAUUGAAAGAUUCAAAUUGUGCUCGGGUUGCCUUUGUGAGGAGCUCCGAUGCAGUAGAAGCCUUCAACAGUUCCCAAAAGGUCAGCCCCUUUGGACAAGCAGUUGUUAAUUACCGUCUUCGUUAUUCAUCUGCCAUUUCUGGGGCAUCAGAACGCGAUGAAAGCUCACAUCUGCAGCCAACCCCUCUGCCCGUUGAAGGAAAUGAGCCUUCAGCAAACCCAGCUGCUUCCAGGCUGUCUGCCAUUUCUGGGGCAUCAGGACUUGAUGAAAGCUCACAUCUGCAACCAACCCCUCUGCCCACAGAAGGAAAUGAGCCCUCAGCAAACCCAUCUGCUUCGAGGCUGACUGCUGGUGACACUGCACCUCUAGAUUUUAUAAAACAAAACCUUGAGAUUAUGACAUCUGUGCUGGAGAAUUCAGGAGAAAAAAUAUUACCGGGGGUGAAAGAAAACUUGGAGGGUGAUAUUAAAGGCCUCCUGAAGAAAUUAAGCACAAUGGAUGACUCUUCCUCGUCUUAGCUCCAAGUCUAUCAUUUGGAGUCAUUCUCUUCUACCCUCUUUUUCCUUUAUUUGUUCUCAUUAGGCUGCUGCUGCUGCUGCGCAUACUUAGAAUAGAGUUUGUUGGAGUCUAUAUUUCUUCCUUUGUAGGGUGACUUAUCGUGAAUGUGUUCAGUCUAGGAAUACUGGAUUUGGUUCUUUAAAGUUAUUUAACUUGCUAGUCUCUGAUCUAUUCCUUGUAAUUUAGUGGUUAUGGUUUCCCUAGUGGAAAUACCAAGAAUCAUCCUCACAA